CCCUUCACCAGCUAUAUAAAGGCCGGGUGAGGUCGAACGAGUACAGUUCUCGAGUUAACAUCACCUUAGGUACGAUACACAUCAUUCUCUCACGAUGAAGGUUGUCAUCUUAAUUGGGUUGGUGUCCAUAGCAGUGGCCGCUAAGCUAGGCCUCAACUUGGAGGAAGAAACUACUACAACUUAUGAGCUACCCAAGCCCUACAACUUCGGCUUCGAGGUUCGCGAUGACAACACGACUAACUACCAAAACCGAGCCGAAGUGUCAGACAGCGAGGGCCGCGUUAAGGGCUCUUACAGCUAUGUCCUCCCCGAUGGCUUCGUCUACACUGUCACCUAUGAGGACAAGAGGGACGGAGAGGGCCUCAAGGCCAUUGUCCGCAAGGAGCCCUCAGGCAUCAAAGUCAUCAUUCCCGAACAAAAGAAGAAACCCAAGGCCAAGCCCGUCAACCUUCAACAUGGUUCACUAUUUUAAAUAAAAGAACAUCAUGCAAUUUUUAUCCUAAUGUACAAGCCCUCACUUGAGAGUUCUUUAGAUUAAGGACCGAUUCAUCUUAGUGUUUCAUCCCUAGAGGUUUUCAUCUUUGAUUUCUUUUGGCUGGACCUUCCCUCUUCAACCUGCUAUACACCAUUUAAGAUCUCUUGACAGCUUUUGCAGCACAGUAGCAGUUCAGAAUUCUUUAUGUAGGCAUAUUGUUAUUCCAAUCCUUGAUUUAGAAAUUACACUGCAAAAACUGUGUCUUUCAUUGUUUAUCUUAUUGUUUCCACUCCAAGCCUUCCCCCAGGGAUAUUUUCUAAUGCCAUGAUUCUUCAGUUUCUAAGUUUGGACAUUCUUAGUAUACAGUACUGUACUGUAUAUCUAACUACAGCACAUAAUGUACAUCAUGAAACACUCUAGAUGCAUAAAAUCCAAACUCUUUUGGUUGGGACCUAUAACCUCACACGAUAACAUCCAUGUAAUAUCUUCCGAAUGGAUCUGUAUUGUACUUCAAAAUUAUCACAGGUUUACUAUUGAUUACUAACUUGAACACCUUCUACCUUAAUGAAGACAUAUUUGUUGGUCAUCUUUCACUAAUACUUCUUUAAAAAUUUAUCUCGACAAUCUUUGGAAUGAACAUCUUCAACCUCUCUCCCCUAGUUUUGGAAAAAACAUCAAAUCUGUCUGGAUCUUAUCUACUUUAAUCACCUAAACAUAUUCCUUGUAGCAUCGUGUAUGUCUUCUGACCAACUGCUAGUUAAAUAAUUAACUGCUUCAUUGACGUCCUCAAGAUCAAACACAUAUUACAGUUUUUAGAGUUUUUCCAAAAAUCAUACAGAAACACAAAUGCAUUUUUAAAUAUACAGUACUGCACUAUUUCUGUGUUUGUAAUGCUUCUUAAAUAUUCACUGAGCUUAUAAUUCUCGAGUCCCUUUCAUUAAUCUCUCUCUCUUAGCAAUCUACAGUACUACCAGUAUGUCACUUAAUUUCACUUUUACUGCCUCUAUUUUUUGGGGAGGGGGGUCCAGCUGAACAGUAAUUAAUUUUGUCAUGAAUCACACAAGGCUUUCUCUGGUUAUACAGUUCCAUCUAACUUAGAUAUACUGUAUUCAUUGUAUUAUUACUAUACAGAGAACAGUCUCACUCCCUCAUGCUCUGUGUAUCAUUCUUAUUGUUGGAAAUAAUGUUAUGUUUUAUACCUCCAUAAAGUGGCAUAUUUUC